AUGGACAACUAUAUCACCGUGGAUCCGUUAACAAAUAAGCCCAUUGAAUGCUGGAGAAAAUAUCAGCGACAAGGUCGUAUCUCAGAGCCUGCGAAGACCUUAAGGCUUGAUACGCCAGUCUUUGACAACAAAGUGAGAUUCGUGUGCAUUUCCGAUACGCACGACAAGCUGGACGAGUUUUUGUCGAUAAUUCCUGAUGGUGAUGUUCUGAUUCAUGCUGGAGAUUUCACAAACUAUGGCGAUCUUGGUGAAGUAAUAAAAUUCAACGCUGAAAUCGGUGAACUCCCCCACAAAUACAAGUUGGUUGUUCCGGGGAAUCAUGAAUUGGGAUUCGAAGACGGUGAGGCGAUGAAUGAGAAGCUGUUGGCAGGGCUGAGCAUGCUUGGAAUAAGUAAAGCCUACGAAUUGCUCAGUAACUGCACGUAUCUAUGCGAUCGGAGCGUUGAGGUGUAUGGUAUAAAAAUCUAUGGAGCACCAUGGCACUCAAUGCCCGGGUACUCAUUUUAUCGCCCGCGCGGACAGAAGAUCCUCCAUAAAUGGAAUCAAAUUCCGGCGAAAACCGACAUACUGAUAACUCACAUACCGCCUCUGGGCCACGGUGAUUUCAAUUCAUGGAACAAAAUGGAUGGUAUUCUUGCCGGAGACGUGGAACUACUGAACUCCGUUGAACAACGCAUCAUGCCAAAAUAUCACGUCUUCGGCCAUGUACACCAGAUGCACGGUGCAACCACCAAUGGCACUACGACGUUCAUCAACGCUUCGUUAUGUGAUCACAAACUCCGCAGCGCUUACGAUCCUAUAAUUUUCGAUCUGCCUCUACCAAGCGGUGUAACUAAAUAA